UGUUACUGGACAAGGACACACCUGUGUCCUCUGCAUAGGUCCUGUGUUUCCCCUUGGUCUGUUGUUGAAGUGGGGCACCAGUCUGGGCCGCAUAAAAAGUCUGUUGAAAGUAAGCGUUGUAAAAACUUCGACACACAGGGCACCUUUUGGGCAGUUGUAUGUUUUUUUUGUCGUGCCCACAGUCGCCUCAGAGCAGUCACAAGGGAAAAUAUUGUUUCCAGGACGUGCUCCUCUCUUUGCCUUUUUGCAGAGGCUCCGUAAACAUGUAUCUGAGCAAUUUGUUUUUGGCAAGAACUUUAAUGACGCUACAGAAAAUGAUCUGAAAAUUGGAUCUGGAUAUUUUCCUGAGCAGGAGGCAGGACAUGACGUAGAAAUUCCCCUGCAACAUGUUAAAAACCCCAUCAACACAAUCACUUGCUCGCUGUGAAUUUUCCCAGAGAAUGUUAUCCUCACACGGGCUCAUAUCUUUCUCCAGGGCUGGCAGGAAGAGUUCUGGAAAAUGUCCGGAGCAACUGACUUGUACAUUUGCGUUCUCACACCCAGCAAAUUCAGGAGUUCAGUGAAUAUCUACUUCUACUGUCUGGAAUUUAUAUUUUGAAGUGGAAGCGUCAGGAGAGAAAAAUGUGUGUGAUGUUUGAUUUAAGGCUUAAAAUGAAAUGUUGUCCUCUCCCUCUUUGUUCAAACUGUGGUUAAAAAGUCAGUCCUGUUUAUCUGUGCAUGUGUCGCAGGCCUGCCUUUGUUUUCAGCCCCGAACAGCAGCUGCCGCCGGCCUGUGUGCUGUUGUGACUGCAGCAACUGUGUUCCCUGCAGCUGCACAGACCCAUGUGUCACUGCCACACCUGCUCUAUGGCCUCGUGUUGACUGAGUGAUAUCACACGUUAACUGUGUGCAAAUUACACCAGAGAGAAAAAGAUGGUGGUGGGGGAAGGGGGGUGACCUGUAAUUCAAACAGGCAAUUGUGUUUUAAACACACUUGUAUGGAUACCGUGCGUGUGCACAACCACAAACAGACCUGUGCUCUUUCUGACACUCUCCCUGUUACGAGAAUCUAUUUGCUGUGAAAACACGCACUCGCACACUUUUUUUUUUCCACCAGGGGAAGGGCCACAUGCUGGGGCUGAACAACAGUUGGUUUGUCGAGAGACGAAGGAACAGCUGAGGCCAGCGGGAAAAGCCUCCUCGUAGUUAGCCACAACAUCAGCUGCCUACCUCGCUCACAGAGUAAACACACACUAUGAGGAAGUGGCAAAGUAAACACACGCACCGUGACCGAAUCAUCGCAUUGAUAUGAUCCGGCCGGCUCAGCACGAUGAAACCUGACAUGCCCAUAUUCUAUUUUAUUGCCAGCCUAUGAUUCAGCAUUCAAGUUAUUUGAGAUAAAAUAAGGUGACUCCGGUGUGAGUCAGCGUUGAGUUGAUGACUCGCCGAAACAUUUUAACGUUGGUCAGUGUUGUUGAGACCUGGUGGAGGUCGGUGACUCACAGAUAAUACGCGAGUAAGAGUUUUGACAAGGUUUGAGUUUCUACUCUGACUCACGUUGGGAAAUUAUUAGCCUGUGGUGGUUAGCCUGCUUGUUAAGCGGGCUGUGUGUGUGGCUCUGAAGGGCUUUGUAGUCAAAUGAAGACGGCCUCUGCAGCUCACGUGUCGUCUUCUUAAUCUCGCCGUAAUAACGAAGAGACUUUAUAAUGAAGGGAGAAGUGCGCUUGAUUGCUUUCAGAGCUGUGCGAUAAGUGUCUUUCUGGCUGUGCGUGUCAUUUGGUCUGCGCUUAGUUAAGUCUCUUCACUCAAGCACCCUCUGUCGUUAAUCCUCCGCAUUCUUGUGACAGUGAAAUCAGUCUGCUCCCCUCCUGCUGCCGACCGCCAAUUCCCAGAAUUCUGCAGUGCAGUGAGAGCAAACACCGGGGAUACGCGAUAAAGUACCCGGUCGCAGAGUGGAGUGGAGGUUUCGUCUGACCUUAAACCUCAAUAGGAAGGAGAUCAAGCCACUUCAGAGAUGGAUCAGGUAUCAGAUGACGAGUUGGACCAUGGAGCAGAGGAGGACAGUGAUAAGGAGGACCAAGACCUGGACAAGAUGUUUGGAGCCUGGCUGGGAGAACUGGACAAGCUCACACAGAGUCUGGAUGACGGCAAGCCACAGAAAGCACUGCAGAAGCCUCCUCUCAGACAGGAGACGAACAUGGCCAACUUCUCCUACCGCUUCUCAAUGUACAACAUAAACGAGGCGUUGAACCAGGGAGACACAGUGGACCUGGAUGCCCUGAUGGCCGACCUGUGCUCCAUCGAGCAGGAGCUCAAUACCAUUUCCAGACCAACCUCCACGUCUCGUGGCCAGAGCAAAGGCCAGCAGAGGACCCCCGUGGGCCGCGCUGCUAGUAGCAAGCACACAGGCACCAGUGGAGGGGGAAGCAGUGGAGGAAGUACCAGUAGCAGUACCAGGGCAUCGCCGGCCAACACAGUACGAGGCGGCAGCGUCAACGCUCGCCCCGCAGCCUCCAACAUCUCCCUCGAUGAAAUCACUUCCCAGCUGGAGAAGGCCUCUCUCAGCAUGGACGAGGCGGCUCGUCAGACGUCCUCCUCUUCCUCCUCCUCUUCUUCCUCAUUCUCUUCCACCACGCUCCGGCGGCCCUCGUCGGGGUCCUCUGGCGGUGGGCAGCACCGCAGGACGGGCUCUGUGGGCGCAGUCAGCGAGCAGGAGGCACCGUCCCAGCGGUCUAGUGUCAAUUCAGCAUGUGCCUCAGCGUCCAGCAUGGACUCCCUGGACAUUGACAAAGUGUUGACGGGAGGAGAGGCGGAGGGCCAGAGCAGCUCGAACGCACCAGGACAAAACCAGACCAGCACUGAGCAUGUCGUACUGCGGCGGGCCAAUGGUAAGCCGGCCAGGCGGCAGCUUGACUUCACCUCACAAGCGGGUGAAGUGGAUCGGGCCACUCACUCGUAUCUGGACCGAGAAACCUCACUCAUUUUGAAAAGCAUAGCUGGAAAGCCUUCUCACCUCCUGACCAAGGAGGAGCAAGCAGCCAAACUGAAGGCGGAGAAGAUCCGAGUCGCCCUGGAAAAAAUCAAGGAGGCUCAGGUUAAAAAGCUGGUGAUCAGGGUCCACAUGUCGGACGAGAGCUCCAAGACCAUGAUGGUGGACGAGCGGCAGUCAGUCAGGCAGGUGCUGGACAGCCUGCUGGACAAGUCGCACUGUGGCUACAGCCCCGACUGGGCCCUCGUGGAAACCAUCACGGAGCUCCAGAUGGAACGUAUUUUUGAGGAUCACGAGAACUUGGUGGAGAAUCUGUUGAACUGGACCCGGGACAGCCACAACAAGCUCAUGUUCAUCGAGCGCAUCGAGAAAUACGCUCUUUUCAAAAACCCACAGAACUAUUUGCUGGGGCGGAAGGAGACAUCAGAGAUGGCAGACAGGAAUAAAGAGGCUCUAUUAGAGGAGUGUUUCUGCGGCGGCUCGGUGUCUGUGCCAGAGAUCGAGGGCAUCCUGUGGCUGAAGGAGGACGGGAAGAAGUCGUGGAAGAAGCGUUACUUCCUCCUCAGGGCUUCUGGGAUCUAUUACGUCCCAAAGGGCAAAGCCAAGGCCUCCAGAGAUCUCGUGUGCUUCCUGCAGUUGGACCAUGUUAACGUGUAUUACGGCCAGGACUACCGCAGCAAAUACAAGGCUCCCACUGACUACUGCCUGGCCCUGAAGCAUCCGCAAAUCCAGAAGAAGUCGCAGUACAUCAAGUACUUGUGCUGCGAUGAUGUCAGGACUCUGCACCAAUGGGUGAAUGGAAUCCGAAUCGCCAAGUAUGGAAAGCAGCUUUAUGUGAACUACCAAGAAGCCAUGAAGAGAACAGAGGCGGCCUAUGAUUGGUCGUCUCUCUCCACCUCCAGCAUUCGAUCAGGCUCCAGCUCUGCCAGCAUACCUGAGUCCCAGUCCAAUCAUUCAGGACAUUCGGACAGUGGUGUGGACACAGGCUCCUCUCAUGGCCGCUCCCAGAGUGUGGUGAGCUCCAUUUUCUCUGAGGCCUGGAAGAGAGGGACCCAGAUCGAGGAAAACACCAAGCAGAUAAGAAUGGAGGCAUCCAGAGGAGCCACCCUGCCGCAUGCUUCCCACAGUCACCGGCAUCACAGCCAGCACUCAGUUGACCACCCAGCCCUGACGCCCCCUCCUCAGACUCAUCCCCAGGCCCAAACACCGCCCCCACCACAGCCUCAGCACCCACCAGUGCACCCACCAGUGCACCCCCAGACACUGGCCCAACCACAACAGCAGCACCUGCCGCCUCAGUCUCCUCAACAGGCCCCGCAGCCUCUGCCCCAAUCACCUCAGCGCCCUCAGCCACCGCCGCCACAGUCUCCGCAACAGCAACAGCAACAGCAGCAGCAGCAGCAAAAGCCACAGGCCGUCAGUGACUACCACCAUAUGCCCCCACCGCAGCAACAGCCACAGGCCGUCAGUGACUACCACCAUAUGCCCCCGCAGCAGCAACAGCAACAGCCACAGGCCGUCAGUGGCUACCACCACAUGCCCCCGCAGCAGCAGCAGCAACAGCAACAGCCACAGACCGACAGUGACUACCACCACAGGCCCCCACCACAGCAACAGCCACAGACCGUCAGUGACUACCACCACAUGCCCCCGCAGCAGCAGCAGCAACAGCCACAGACCGACAGUGGCUACCACCACAGGCCCCCACCACAGCAACAGCCACAGACCGUCAGUGACUACCACCACAGGCCCCCACCACAGCAACAGCCAAAGGCCAUCAGCGGCUACCACCACAUGCCCCCACCACAGCAGCAGCCACAGGCCGUCAGUGACUACCACCACAUGCCCCCACCACCACAGCAGCAGCCACAGGCCGUCAGUGGCUACCACCACAUGCCCCCACCACCACAGCAGCAGCCACAGGCCGUCAGUGACUACCACCACAUGCCCCCACCACCACAGCAGCAGCCACAGGCCGUCAGUGGCUACCACCACAUGCCCCCACCACCACAGCAGCAGCCACAGGCCGUCAGUGACUACCACCACAUGCCCACCACAGCAGCAGCCACAGGCCGUCAGUGA